AUAUUAUGUAAAGACACAAUGGUCAUGCCAAGAUGUAUCACAGAAGGUAUUUAACUCUGGUAAUGUGUUUUAUUUUGAGCAAUGUUGAAAUAUAAUGUUUAAGUUGUCUGUUGAUGUAAAGUUCAAUUUGUAAACAUACUGUUUAUUCGUGUUUUACACAAUUACAAUAUGCUAUAUAUUGUUCACUAUUGCUGUUAACAAAUGUAACCUUGUUGUUAUUUUUAACACUAUAGUUAACUGCCUAUCUAUCUGCAUUUUCUUCAUCAGGUCACUGAUGAAAACCUCGGUGCCUAAAGCAAAAUGGAAAAUAAUACCAAUUUUAACUUCAUGUUGUUUGAAAAUCUGGGGUACAUAAGAUAUGCUCUCUUCAUUUUGGGUUUUGUUCUGUACUUUUCUAUAAUAUUCUUUAAUGUCCUUAUUAUGCUUGCGGUGUUUCUGGAAAGGACAUUACACCAGCCUAUGUACAUUCUGAUUUCAUGCUUGUCUAUGAACUCUCUGUUUGGUACAGCUGGCUUUUUCCCAAGAGUUCUGUCAGACUUGCUGUCUGAAACACACUCAAUCUCUCGUGAAGCAUGCUUCUUCCAGUCUUUUGUCAUUUUCACAUAUGCAGCAAAUGAGUUCUCAAUAUUAAUGAUAAUGGCGUUUGACAGAUUUGCUGCAAUUUGUAAACCUCUACAUUACCACAGUAUAGUUAGACCAAGGUUUCUUGCUUGUGUAAUAGUUACAAACCUGACUUUUCCUAUGAUUUUGCUUGGUGUUGCUGGACUUUUAACUACCAAACUGAGAAUGUGUGGUAACAAACUAUUUAAGGUAUACUGCCAUAGCUAUGAAAUAGUCAAGCUUUCUUGUGACAACAUCGCAAUCAAUAACGCUUUUGGCUUGUUUAUAUUAAUAAUAACUACCAUCAUUCCUUUAAGUUUAAUAUCAUUUUCCUAUGUAAAAAUUAUAAUCAUUUGUCAGAGAAGCUCAGCACAGUUUAAAGGCAAAGCUUUUCAAACCUGUAUUCCACACAUAGUGGUACUUUUGAAUUUCACAAUUGCUGUUAUAUGUGACACCACUUUGAGUCGGGUUGUGAAUUUACAAAUUCCUGUAGGUCUGUCAGUUUUUCUUUCACUUGAGUUUCUCAUUAUACCACCAAUACUCAACCCCCUUAUUUACGCCUUUAACCUGCCUGAUAUUCGCAAAAAAAUGAUCAGCCUUAUAAAACCAUUUCGGUAGUUUUUUUCCUGUUUGUUUAUUUCUUGUCAGAUGCAAUACAUGUUGCACAUUCUUAUUAAAGUUAUGUUUUUCAUAUUA